GAAAUUGGCGCCAUCUUACAUUUUUUCUUUGUAACAUGGACAAGUUGUUUGACUUUCAAAGAGCUGUGGAAGCGGCUCUUCGAAAAAGAGGAUAUGAAGACGUUUUACAGAAUGAACAAAUACUACAAGAAAUUGUCAAAAUAUGUUCGAAACAUCACAUUACUGUUGAGAAGCUACUGUUAAAACACGAUCUACUGUGGAUGAAUAAUCUUCUACCCCAUGACGCACUUACUGUGGAUAUUCUCAACAGAUUAGACGCAGAAUUUCAACAAGAGAAGAUAACAAAUAGCUCUAAAGAAAACGAGUUUUGGGCAGCCAAUUUCCAAACCGGUUACUCUGCUCCGAGACAGCUUGUUUCUAGUCUCGACGAUCUGUUUGACGUCAAUUGGUCGAACAAGCCAGCGUCUUCUCAGCUCAACGGAAGUUUUCAUGGUGAUAUUGUUUCAACAGAAGAUUCUCCAAGUCUCCAACUUGAUUCUCCACCAUUCUCACCCGUUAGAGGGACAAUAAAAAGACAACCAAAAGUUCCUCAAGUUACAACUGAGUGUGAACUUAUUCUCGAAGGAGACUUGGAUCCAACUGAUUCUUUAUCAGAGACGAGAAAUACUGGAGAGGUUAUAGAUGAAUACGUUGGGAAAGAUUACGAAAAAGCUUUAGACGGUUCUGUACGAAGAAUGGAAGAUGUCGAGUUGGUUUGCCAAACCGGGAGUAAAUUCUUGAAUAUUCGUGGUGAGAUAGAAAACUCUACUCAGCUUUAUGAACAACAUGUUGAAGCGACUUGUAAAAUGAUGUUAUCGAAAAUACAAGGGUCUUCGCAGGAAUCCAUAAACUGGCCAACAUCAUGGGACUAUCUUCCUAAUGUAGAUCAAAAGCAUCUAUUAGCCGGAUAUAUUAGAAGAAUAGAUAAAGGCCCAAAAGGGAUUCAAGUGAUUGUAGACAGUACACAAUCUCAUCUAUUUUCUGUUGACGUAUCUUGUAUUCACUCAUGUUCCCUUUUUCCUGGUGCAAUAGUUUUGUUUGAAGGUACGAAGCUUCAGGAUGGUUCUUUUCAAGCUGAACGAGUCUAUCAUACAUCUCAUUUGCAUGCUGCCGACAAAAAGACUGAACACUAUGAAGUGAAACAUUCGAUAAACGCUAUAACGAGGGAAAUGCAAAUACUCGUAGCAUCUGGACCGUACACUAUUUCAACCAACCUUCGAUAUGACCCACUAAAGAGACUACUGAAUAAAGUGGAGACGAAAAAACCGGAUUUGGUCAUAUUGGUUGGUCCCUUUUUGGACGAGAAUCAUCGAGUUGUAGAAAAUGGUCCGACAGAAGUGUCAUAUGAAGAUAUUAUGGCAAAGAGAGUCGGAACAUUAUUGGAAAGAUGCUUUUCAAGAAUUUCAACCAAGUGUAUCAUGAUUCCACAUGUACAGGAUGUAUUUCAUCAUUUCACAUAUCCUCAAAAGGCAUAUGACUCAUCAGUAUUCUUUCCUUUGAAGAAACCAGACAACAUUUUCUUCCUCAACAAUCCUGCUGCUUUCCGUUUUGGACAUGUCUACAUUUCAACCACGUCUAUACCAGUAUUGGAUGACUUGAGUUCUUUAUCUUAUAUCAAAACCGCCAAUCAGAAAGGAAGAAUUACAGCUCUUUGUGAAACUUUGAUUGAUGAAGAAAGCUUUUAUCCCAUUUUCCCUCCACCGCCACAAAGACCUCUUGACUAUAGUAAUGUGCAACAACUGAAACUGGACUCUAGCAAAACAAGACUGUUGAUUAUAACUAGUUCCCUUAAGCCGUUUACCCAAAGACUGAAAAAUGAUAUUCUUUGUGUGAAUCCCGGACGUCUAAGCAAAGGUGUAAAUAACGGGAGCUUUGCUCUCAUAAGUCAUUGCUUCAGAGAGUUGUCAAGUGAAAAGGAGAAGGAGCAGGUUAGUUUUUCCAACUCGACAACUGUAAAAAUAGUUCGAAAUUAGGCGUAUCUCAACAGUGCACCAUUUCGUCGUUCUUGAAAUAUCACUUAUAUUCCACACAAAAAUAAAGCAAAGGUUUUUUAU